GCUGAAAACGAGAUCACUAGGAGUCCCAGCUGCGUAGUGAGACUCUGUACCAAAUACAUAACAAACAAACAAACAAACAAACAAACACGUAACAGCCUUCUCCAAAACCCUAUCCUCAUCUCCAAACAGAAUAUUAGAAGCUCUAAAACAUGGAAGUCUUUGUUUUCAUGUUGUGUUAUUUAACCACUCGUAGUCAGUUCUGCACCCCUCCUAGUAAGUUUUGCACCCCUCCUACUAACUUGUGCAUGUGAUUUUUGAGUAUCUGUAGGAUAAGCUGAACUCCUUAGGCCCUAGGAUGGGAGCUGGAAGGGAUUCUGCCCUUUAGAAAGGAACACACUCGGCAUGAGCUUUUCAGUAAGAAUCCAAUAGUCUGGUUUUUGAUAUUAGAUUCCACACUGGAGGGCUACUGAAUACCUGAGUAGAUCUCAUCCAGAGCUUCUUUCCUUCUAAGUUCUGCAGGUCCUUGGGUUUGCUCAGGGAGGCAGAAGCAGAGAUGUCAUGGCAGCUGCCAGAUCUGCUCCAGAGUCCCAGGAGUUCCUGAAAAUGGAGGGCGUGGCCCUGAUGCUCGCCCCUGGGUGGACACAGCUGGGUCCUUCGGUGAAAUUCUGCAGAAGUGAAAGUCAGGGGAACUGUGAGCACCCCAGCUCCCUAGGUGGUGAAAUGCAGGCAAAGAUCAGGGGCACGUGUCCAGCUGAGGAGUGUCGAGGACAAGAGCCUGGCAAGACUCUGUGCCACCUGGGUGAGGACUCUGCCCAAGUUCCUGCUUGUGUCGAAGCUGAUGAACAGGAGGACAAGUUACAAACAAAGCAGAAAAAUGCUAUAGGGAGCAGGCGGCACUUUUGCCACGAAUGUGGAAAGAACUUUGCCCAAAGUUCUGGCCUGACCAAGCACAGGAGGAUCCACACUGGAGAGAAACCCUACGAGUGUGAGGAGUGUGGGAAAGCCUUCAUAGGGAGCUCUGCCCUCGUCAUUCACCAAAGAGUCCACACAGGUGAGAAGCCAUAUGAAUGCGAAGAGUGUGGCAAGGUCUUUAGUCACAGUUCAGACCUUAUCAAACACCAGAGAACACACACGGGAGAGAAGCCCUACGAGUGUGAGGACUGUGGGAAAACCUUCAGCCAAAGCUGCAGUCUCCUUGAACAUCACAAGAUUCACACUGGGGAGAAGCCAUACCAGUGCACCAUGUGUGGCAAAGCUUUUAGGCGGAGUUCACAUCUCCUGAGACACCAGACGGUCCACGGUGAUAGAAGUGAGCUUGGAGAGGUAGGAAAGGCCAAGAUGGAAAGCCAGUGGGAAACUGCCGAAACUCCUGUGUCUUACCGAUGUAAUGAGUGUGACAGAAGUUUUACUCAGAAUAGAAGCCUUAUUGAACAUCAAAAAAUCCACACUGGCGAGAAGCCCUAUCAGUGUGACACGUGUGGAAAAGGCUUCACCCAAACUUCAUACCUCACUCAACAUCAGAGGAGCCACGUCGGGAAGAGUUCUGUCACAGUGACCUCAUGUAUGCAUAGCAAAGUUGGUGCUCAUUUGUCAUUGAACUGAAGCCACUGUGGAGCCUGCUGGCAACAGAAUUUGUGAAUGGGGGUUUAUUUACUAAUUACAUUAUCUGGUAUUAGAAAAUAUAUUCUGGGUGAGCUGAAUUAUCAUGUACCUUUUAGAAAGUGAUUGGAAUAAUACUUGAUAAGACGGCAUGGGAAUAUUGGCUGGAAGAGCUAGGAUCUGAAGAGUUUUGUUCUCAUGUGUCAGAUUUCUUGGGCCUUUCUGAAUGACUAGUGGCCUUUACGCAGCACUUGUUUCUCCUGGACGGAUGGCUCUUGAUUGGGGGGACUGCUGCUCUUAUUAUUCACUUGGCAGUAAUGAGUCCUUCAUGAAUUGAUCACACCGAGAAUGUCUUUUACCUGUCAUUGUGCCUUGCAUAUAGGUGCUAAUAAACAUUUACCAAACAUAUAAAGUGAUGUUUAAAGCUGUCAAAAUAUGUCUCUGA